UUCUAUUUAGUAUUCUUGUUUCUCCCCAAAUCAAGAAUUCUGAAAAUCAGUAUGUGGGCGAUUCGUCGAUCAUCUUCUUCCCUCAAGAAACAAGGAUUUAUAUCAAGAUCUUCUCGAAUUAGUUGUAUGAUGAACAAAGUAACCGGUAGAUAUUCAGAAGGAAACAGUGAAGGGAUUUCAAAUGAAAUAUCGGAUCAAUAUCUUUCUUUUAGGGGAUUCUGCAAGACGGCACAUGGUUCUUCCAAAUUGUUCUUGGGAUGGCAAAAAAAUUUCUUUUCUUUGGUUGGCACAAAGAGCAGUAGUGAGAUAGAUAGUAACUUGGACGAUGAGUUCUCAGAGCUCAUGGGUCCUACUGUAACCAAAGGCAUGCUAGAGAAAAAUGUAGAGGCUGAGCUCUGUAAGGAUGAUGUUGAUGGUGAAGAUGUGGAAAUGCCUCACGACAAACUAGAGUUGUCUGAUAGCGAGUCUGAUGCUAGACAAGGAGAAUCUCUGAGAGAAAAUGUUCCCAUGGAAUUGUUAAAAGCUAUUACAGCUGCACCGGUUCUAUCUCUUGAUAGAGUUAUGGAUGAAUGGAUUGAAAAUGGAAAUGAUUUGACAAGAACAGAAAUAACUUUCAUCAGGAUUUAUCUUCGUAGACGACACAUGUAUAAGAGGGCGUUGCAGCUCUUUGAGUGGUUGGAGUUGAAAAGGCAACUUAUAUUUACUGAUAAAGAUUAUGCUUCUCAUGUUGAUUUAAUUGCCAAAGUCCAUGGUAUACACAAGGCAGAAACUUAUGUGGAGAGAGUACCGAAGUCUUUCAGAUCUGAAGUUGUUUAUCUAAGUCUAUUGGCCAAUUGUGCUUAUAAAGGUUACAUGAAGAAAUCUGAGGAGAUAUUUAACAAAAUGAGGAACCUUGGAUUCCCACUCACAAGCUCUGUUUGCAGUCACUUGCUCCUUCUAUAUAAGAAAGAUAAAACGAAGAUUGUGGAUGUUCUCUUGCUAAUGAAAAAGGAAAACGUAAAGCCAACUGACAUCAUUUACCAAAUACUUAUAGAUGCUAAGGGUCAAUCUAAUGAUAUUGCUGGAAUGGAGCAAAUUAUUGAGACCAUGAAGGCUGAAGGGAUGGAACCUAAAAUGUAUACAAAAAGCAUCAUUGCGAAGCAUUAUAUCUUUGGUGGUCUUGUAGGAAAGGCAGAGAAUGUACUCAAACAAAUGGAAGGAGAGAUAGAGGAAAACCAUAUGGUCUGUCGGCAUUUGAUUGCUCUUUAUGCAAAUCUUAAAAAGGUUGAUGAUGUGCGCAGAAUCUGGCAACUAUGUGAGCCUAAUGCACGGAUUAUUGAUUGCAUGACUGCUAUUGAAGCUUUUGGUAAACUGCAUAAAAUUGAGGAAGCUGAAGCUGUCUUUGAUAAGAUGUCAAAAGAAGGAAAACAUCUUACAUCAAAGCAUUAUUAUCCUCUGUUGUGUAUUUAUGCAAGUCAUAAGAUGCUGGCCAAAGGAAAAGAUCUCGUCAAGCGGAUGUCGGAGAGUGGCUGCCCGAUCGGGCCAUUAACUUGGGAUGGCCUUAUAAGACUUUAUAUUAAAGCAGGAGAAGUGGAGAAAGCAGACACUAUUUUGCAAAAAGCUGCACAUGUUACCUGCUUGAAACCGAAAUUUACUUCUUAUGUGGCUGUGAUGGAAGAAUAUGCAAAGAGAGGCGACGUUCAUGAUACCGAAAAGAUAUUUUACAAAAUGAGACAAGCUGGAUAUGUUUGUCGAAUUCACCAGUUCCAGUGUCUUAUUCAGGCCUAUAUCAAUGCCAAAGCUCCUUGUUAUGGAAUUGCUGAUAGAAUGAAAGCUGACAAUGUAUUUCCAAAUAGAGUAUUGGAAAACAUGUUGUUUCAAUCUGAUCCAUUUAAGAAGACACUUCUGACUUGUUGA